UGAUUCGAGUGCAAGAUGAAACGCUUAAUCGUAAGUAAUAUCGACAAUAACAAAGUUUUUCCUUUAGUAAAAUUCAGUUUCCAGUUAUUUUUCAUCGUCGCCUUCACUCGAGCGCUUCCCCACUCGUCCGGGGGUUACGAUUACGCACCUCCUAACGCCGGACAAAUUAAUUCCUUGGGUAGCGAAUUCACGCACGUUUCCAGCUCAUUCGGGGGAGGAAACACGUUCCUCGUACCGCAGGGCUUCAGCGAUUUCGGCUCGUUGAACGCCCAGUCCUCCAGCUUCUCCUCCAGCUCAUUGGGACAAGGAGGCUCUGGUUUGGAACAGUCAUUUUCUUCGAACUCUAACAGUUUGGCUAAUUCCGGUGAUGCUCAAGUGUUCAAACAUUUAUACGUGCACGUGGCUCCCGAAGACCCGGACGACGCCAAAUUGGAGACGGUUCAGUUACAACCGGUCCCGAAACAAAUCCACUACAGGAUUAUUUUCAUCAAGCCUCCGUCACCGCCCAACAUUCGGGUUCCCGUUGUGGCUGGGUCUCGCAGAGAAGAGAAAACUCUUGUUUACGUACUGGUUAAGAAGCCGAUAAUUGAAGAGGUACCGAUUACUAGAACUGAAUUGGAACAAGUCCCGCAGAACAAACCGGAAGUUUACUUCAUCAACUACAAGAACAAAGCGAAUGGAAAUGUAAGUGGAGACACAAGUUUUGCUAGUAGAAGUUCAGUUAAAGUGGAAUCAGAAUCGAGCUCCGGUUCUGAACAACAAGUUGAUUCAUUGGAAGGCGUUUAUGAAGAUAGUUUGCCCCAUUCGAGGGUGUCUUCGGGAGAGUUUACCAAAUACGAAUCACCGAAAGAGUGAAAUAAUAUUUUAAUUGGCUCACAUUUUUGUUAUACGUAUUACGUGCACAAUAGUUUGUAAAUAGUUAUAGGCUUAAGGUUUGUCAACAAAUAAACAUUUUCUAUAAAUUUAUUGUUGACCUGAUUUUGUAUUUUAAUUAACAAUGUCUUUUGACAGAAGCAAUUAUUAGGUUGAAAUUUUAAUUAAUUUACAAUGUUGCGAAAUAUUCGUUAAAUCAAAUAAAUUACUGUAUGGAAAACAAAUUUCUCUAAAUUUGAAACUACAAAAAGAAUAAUAAAAGGUCAGGUGUUUCAUAACCCUCGUAAAUUAUUUACCUAAUUUGCAUAAUCAAUUUAUUGUGCUUAUCUAUGAAAUAUACCCUCAAGUAUUUUUAUGAGUUAUAAGAAUUUAUUUAAAUUUUUAUGAUCAUAAAUUUUCACAAUGUGUGUUUGAAAUCGAUUCAAUAAAAAUAAUAAAACAAAA